AUGUUCCCUGUACUUUCCCGUCGCCUGAACUUCCCCCUCCCGUCGCCUCCACUUCCCCCUCCCAUCGCCUCAACUUCCCCCUCCCGUCGCCUCCACUUCUCCCUCCCGUCGCCUCCACUUCCCCCUCCCGUCGCCUCCACUUCCCCCUCCCGUCGCCUCCACUUCUCCCUCCCUUCGCCUCCACUUCCCCCUCCCGUCGCCUCCACUUCCCCCUCCCGUCGCCUCCACUUCCCCAUCCCGUCGCCUCCACUUCCCCCUCCCAUCGCCGCCACUUCCCCCUCCCGCUCCCGUCGCCUCCACUUCCCCCUCCCAUCGCCGCCACUUCCCCCUCCCGUCGCCGCCACUUCCCCCUCCCGCUCCCGUCGCCUCCACUUCCCCCUCCCAUCGCCGCCACUUCCCCCUCCCGCCCCCUCCACUUCCCCUUCCCGUCGCCUUCGCUUCCUGCUCACUCUCUCCCCACUGUCCCCAUUUCCCCUCCCCACCCUUCCCCGCCGCCCGUCCGUGGGCAGCAAAGUGGCGUCCCUUUUGCGCCAUCGAGAUCAAAGCUCCUUCCGUCGCCACCCUAUUCUUCCCUUCGCACCUCCCCUCUCCUCACCUCAUUUCCCUUCUCUCCCCUUCCCUCUUCGUUCCGCCGCAUCCUCUCAUAGCCUUGCGUCCCCUACGUCCCAUAGGCUCUCUGUAUUCUUCUCUCCUUUCCGCGCCUCCGUGUGGGCUGCCCCUCUCCAACGUUCACUGCUGUCCCGCUCCCGUGCCACGGUCCUCGCCAUCCAGGUCCAGUCCGGGCCUGGCCCCUCGUGUGAGGGGUGUAGCAAACUUUCUCUCCUUCCAUCCCCCCUUUCCAUCCUCCUCCCCCCACUCUCCCCCUCUCGCCUCUCCUCCCCACCCAGACGAGUGGCGAUCUGGCGGCACUUGCGCGUGUUUUACGCACAUGUGGCAAUGAGUGCGCAGCUCAUAUCGGCGCCUUCAGGCCAGGGUAGCAGUGCGCUCUCUGCUCACUGCUGCCAUGAUGGCGUGUCCAUCGCCCAACGUCCGCUCCCACUCACCUCCUCACCUCCUCUCCUCCUCCUUUCCCCCUCCCGUCCUCCUCUCACCCCUCCUCCCUCCCCAGCAGCAGGGUGGGUGAGCAGCGGGCAGGGUGGGUCAGCAGGAGGCGGGCGAGUGGAUGGCGGGCGCACACCACGCAGUAGGGCAGCAAGUUCAGCCGAGUGUUAUUACUCGUCCGGCCCGUGCCAUCAUGGCGGGGACGCACCAAUAAUCCCGUCACCGGCCUUUUUGAGUUUCGACAUCAAGAGGAAUGGCUCUGUGGAGUUCAAGCACGGGCAGCGCUAUGCCAACAGGCGCACCAACUGGGAUGCCACGGAGCCUGGCCAGGGCGGCACUGUCAGUCGCCAACCUCUCUCCCCUCCCCCUCCUUAA